UUUUUGAUCAAAGAUGGCGCAGUUUAUGGAGAUUGAAGAGUUGUGCAAAACCUGGGAGAAAACGGGCCGUAAUGAGUUUUUAAAGCAGUGUCGCUCUCAGAUUGCCCUGGCAACGAAUGAUGGCAUCGUAUCAGCUGACUCUCAAGGAUUACGAGAUGCUUUGUAUGGCAUCAUUUGGCAGUGCCUCAAAGGGGCAUUCAAACCGGACGUCGCAACAGCAGCUCUCGCUGAUGUUUCUCACAUGCACGCCGGCAUUGGUUCCCUUAUAGCAGACACAUUCAGCAUCAUUGAUAUUGAAACAGUGUGUCUGGAGACCAAAUCAGAGAGGGAGAUUCUAUUUGAGUUGUUGAAGCUGUGUGUUAAAAGUUUUCUAAGUGGGUCCAUGCUGAAGGAACGCAUGGAGUAUGAAACACUUGAAGAAAUCAAAGUCAUCCAGAGCAAGCUAACCUUCAGUCAAAAAUACGUACGACUUAAAACAAAGCUGUUCUACAAGCAGCAGAAGUUCAACCUCCUACGUGAAGAGAGUGAAGGUUACAGCAAACUAGGGGCGGAGCUAGCUCAGCUUUCAUGUGGGACCCAAAGCAAUCAUGAACAGCUACUAGAAAGUAUCAAAUCACUUAUAGGUUGCUUUGAUCUGGAUCCUAACCGUGUCCUGGACAUCAUCCUGGAGGCGUUUGAAUGUUCCCCACAGAUGGACCAACUGUUUGUACCGUUACUACAGAACUACAUGUGUGAACCGCUGACUAUAUGCCACGUUCUGGGCUUCAAGUUUCACUUCUACAAGGAAGAAAACAUUGCAACACCAGAUUCUCUUCAGAAAGUAGCUGCGUUGCUUCUACAACAUGAACUAGUGGACUUGGAUGACCUGUACCCACAUUUGAUGCCAUCAGACACAGAUAUCAUGCAAACCUACAAAAAGUCCAUCACAGAGGCUCGUCAGUUUGCUCGUAAGAUGACCAUUGUCCUGCUGUCUGAUCGAGAGAAAGAAGAAGAGCAAGCGGAGAAAGAUAAAGAGAACAAAGAUGAAAGGGCUCUAGAUAAUCAGAAGAUUGGUUUGAUUGAAGCAAUGCUGAGGAUCGGUGAUUGGUCUCAUGCUAAGCAACUCAUUGACCGCUUACCACACUUCAGUGCUGUGUCUCAUGCCCCAGUAGCUAAAGCACUCUGUGAUCUCGUCGGAUCUAUGAUUCAACCUCUCUACAAAGAUUACGCAAUGCCCAAAGGAGCAAAGAGUUCAUCCGUCAAUCCUCCAACCAACAGUAAAUCCAUCUCAGUCCCCAAGGCUCUCCUCCAGCUAAGCCCCACCUUCAGGAUAUGUAACUACCUGGGUCCGUACGCCGGCUCUCAGCCGGUCUUGAUUUGGAAGCUGGUACGACUUGGCAAGGUGGUGCUGAAUAAGAGAGCCUCGGCGCAGGAACAGGUUAAAGAACAAUGGGAGGAGGUUUAUCGCAACCUGUUAUCACUGAUUGAGGGCACUCUAUUACCAUCUAUGAGUACGCUAGACAGCAAUGCUUGCCUCUCAGAAGAGAUGUGGAGUCUACUUAAACUCAUGCCCUACAAUAUCAGAUAUUGUCUGUACGGUCGUUGGAAGAACAGUACCUACGCCGUCCAUCCUCCAUUGAUUCGAAUCAAAGCAACCACUACGGAUAGAGCCAAAUACAUCAUGAAGCGACUGACUAAAGAUAAUGUCAAACCACUGGGACGCCAGCUGGGCAAACUGAGUCACGUCAAUCCGGGAAUCCUCUUUGAAUAUGUAUUAUCCACAAUUCAGAGAUAUGAUAACUUCAUUGGACCUGUGGUGGACUCACUCAAGUACCUGACAUCAUUGUCUUAUGAUGUCCUAGCAUACUGUGUAAUCGAAGCCCUAGCCAAUCCAGAGAAGGAACGGAUGAAACACGACGACACAAACCUAUCUCUCUGGAUACAGAGUCUGGCCAGUUUCUGUGGGACAGUGUUCCGUAAGUACAACAUUGACCUGACUGGUCUGCUACAGUAUGUGACCAAUCAGAUGAAGGCAUGUAAGAGUUAUGAUCUUCUGAUCUUACGAGAGAUUAUCGUCAAGAUGGCCGGGAUUGAAGUCACUGAGGAGAUGACACCUGAUCAGCUUGAUGCGCUGGCUGGAGGAGAACUGCUCAGAGCCGAGGGCGGCUACUUUUCACAGGUCCGUAACACCAAGAAGUCGUCUCAGCGUCUUAAAGAUGCUCUCCUUACAGACAGCCUGGGUGUGGCACUUUGCAUGUUGAUGUCUCAAGAAAGAUUCCAUGUGGUCUUCAAGAAAGGGAUUGAUGUUCACGUCAAGUUGCUCGGUCAACUCCAUGACCAGUGUCAAGACACGUUGGUUCAACUUGGAGGAUUUCUUGCCAACCAGCUUGGUUCUGAAGACUACACCAAGCAUCUACCAGCAUUAUCCACCAUGGUGACUGAGUUUCAUCUUACACCUGAGUGUGCCUUCUUUCUCUGCAGACCAAUGUGUACGCAUGCAAUUAAUUCUAAAUUUGAUGAGUUUCGUAAGCUUGAUCGGUCAGCCAAUAGCAGCCAGAAGCUAUCUAGUCAACAGAAGAUGCAGUGUUACGUCAAGGCAGUUCAGACUGUCCUCAGCUCGCUGGUUGACAGUGUUAGAGAGCUACAUAUUCCCAAAGUAUGGGAUGAUAUCAGUCCCCAGUUUUACUGCACCUUCUGGACACUGUCCAUGUACGAUCUGUACGUUCCUGACAUGAGCUAUGAUAAAGAAGUCAAUAAGAUCAAACAACAGGUCAACAGUCUAGAGGACAACAAAGAUAUGGUAUCAACAAAGCGGAAGAAGGAACGUGAACGACACAACAUGAUUAUGGAGAAGCUACGAGAUGAGCAGAAGAAACAAGUGGAGCAUUGUCAACGAGUACUGGCUAGACUCAAGAGUGAAUGUGAUAACUGGUUCACUGCAAGGUCCACCAAGAACGAGACGAUAACUCAGUUUCUUCAGCUGUGCAUCUUCCCAAGAUGCUGCUUCACGGCCAGCGACGCCUUGUACUGCGCUAAGUUUGUUCUCACUGUCCACCAGCUCAAGACAUCGAACUUCUCAACGUUACUUUGUUACGACAGGGUGUUCCAGGACAUCACGUACACCUUAGCAAGCUGUACAGAGAAUGAAGCAAGUCGUUACGGUCGCUUCCUAAGUGAAAUGCUGAAGACUGUUCAGAAAUGGCAUAGUGACAAAGCCAUCUACGAAAAGGAAUGUGGGAACUACAUUGGAUUUGUGACUGUACUACGAGCAAGCGGGGCUGAGUCCAGCAACAAGGCCGAUCAGUUAGACUAUGAAAACUUCAGACAUGUUUGUCAUAAAUGGCAGUAUAAACUAACCAAGGCUGUAGUUUCCUGUCUAGAGUCAAAGGACUACACCCAGAUUAGAAACACGUUGAUCCUGCUAACGAAGAUUUUAAUGUACUUUCCGUUGGUGCUGAAUCUGAGUGUCGUCUUGGAGAAAAGAGUGGAUAAGAUUAGAGCGGAGGAGAAGGAUAAACGACCUGACCUGUUUGCUCUCGCUAUGGGGUACUCUGGACAGUUGAAGGCUCGUAAGUCUCACAUGAUUGCUGAAGAUCAGUUCCACAGUAAAGACGUUAAGUCGCAGUCCUCAUCGAGUACUAAGAAGAGUACAGCUCCUAGUACAGCGACUUCAGCAGACUCAGCAGGUACCUCUGGGGAUACCAAGACUGAUGUAACGGCUACUGCAGCUAUGUCUCAAGAGAGGUCAUCGGGAAGUAAGUCCUCUUCCAACAGCCACUCCUCCACGACCAAGAAAUCUUACAGUUCUAGCAUGAGUGGGCCCUUAUCAAUCAACAUCAAGACUGAAACAAAAUCGGAAACAAGGGAUGAUACAAAGAAUGACAGAGGCCACAAGGAGGACAAGAAGGAAGAGAAAGUCAAGAACCACAAAGACAAAACUCGCAAAAAAGAGGAGAAAGUCACCAGACAAGAGAAGACAACGCCCUCCGCUGACCGUAGCCAAGAGAAGGUGCACAAAUCCAAGCGGACUUCGGCUGGCGCUGAUGGAGAGAUUAAGGAGGAGAGGAAGAGUAGCGAGAGAUCUCAACGAGGCGAGAGUAUAGCAUCUAACUCCAGCCACGGCUCAACGGGGACAGCAUCUCACGGCUCAGCGGGGACAGUAUCUCAUAAAGCGUCUCCAGCCAGAGAGGCAACUGAUCGAGAGCAUAAACGACGCAAGAUCGGUCACCAGUCUCCAAAUACAAGCAAUAGCCAGGAGAAAGCAAAGGAAAGCGAAUCAUUGGAGCGAGGCGAACGGGAACGAGAAGGCAGACGAGAUAAAGAGAAGAAACCUGGAGAGAAGAAACGAGAUCACUCUGAAGGAGACAAGGAGGGACAUGAAUCCAAGAGGAGAAAGGAUGACGAACUAGGAAUGAGAAAGAAAUCCAGUUCACCGAGUGUGAGAGAAGAUAAGGAUAAAAUGAAGAUGCCAAGAACUACGAGCGUAGUUCGUCCCUCAAGCUCGGGGGAUGCUUCUACCAAUGGAGAGAGAUCCUCCAGUAAACAGAAGGAGAUGCCCAAGGAGAGUUCCAAGUCUCGUAAAGAGGGCCGAGGCGAGGAGGCUAGUUCCGAUAAACCGGUCAAGGAGUCAUCCAAGAGAGAUUCAAGAGGAGAGGAUGGGCGGAAGGAAGAGGCGAGAAAGAGUAAACGAGAAGCCAAGGAGGAAGACAGAGACGAAGACAGACAUCAUUCCAGCUCACGGAAGCGAAGACCUUGAUGAGCGGUUGCUUCAUGAAUAUUCAUGAAUUGGCUGCAGAUUGCGUUUAUUCUACUCGUCAUUGACGUUAACCAGGAACAACAAUUGUUUGUACACAAAGACAGAAUGAAGAGAAGUAUCUACUAAGAAAGACGCUGUAUAAAUUGCCUUUGAUGGGAACCAAACGAUCACUAAAUUUGCAAGCCCACCUUUAUCUGGAAAGAAUAUUUUUCCCAUCAGGUUAAUUGGAUUUGGUUGGUGUAGUCUAUUGUUGCCACUUGCCGGUGAAAUGGUUUGAGUAAAAGUUGGAUUUGGGUACUUUUCAAAAUGUCCACAGAUUUACAUUAAACUUACCUGGUUUGAA